AAGCUCCGCGCGUUCCUGAGAUUCCAGAAAAAGAGCCUCGGGCGCGUAACCGCUCUGCGUCUCUUCAUCCUCCUGCAGUUAAACCCACAAAGCCUGCAUUUACACCCUGAAAAACAACGCCGCGUUAACAGACAAAAAGAGCUGCGUGGCCGUGUAACAAACCCGGAUUUUGCUUUUCAUUUUGUUGGCUUUUUAGGCCGGAGUGCCCAAUCCUGGUCCUGGAGAUCGACCACCUUGCAGAGUUGAGCUCCGCCCCUCAUCAAACACACCUGAACCAGUAAAGAUGGGAGAAGUCGUGCACAUGAUUGACAGUGAGGUCUUCCUGGCCUUCUCCACCUAUGCAACCAUAGUCAUCCUCAAGAUGAUGCUCAUGGGUCCCAUUACGUCAUACCACCGACUGACGAAGAAGGUGUUUUCCAACAUGGAAGACACAGCUCUGGGGGGUCCUGCUGAGGACAGGAAGAAGUUGAUUAGGGUGGAUCCAGAUGUGGAGCGAGUGCGAAGAUGCCAUCAGAAUGACCUGGAGAACAUCAUUCCCUUUGUAGUGAUUGGCCUGCUCUAUGCUCUGACAGGGCCUGACCUCUCCACUGCCCUGCUGCAUUUUCGCUUCUUCGUGGGUUCACGUUGCUUGCACACGGUGGCCUACCUGCUGCCACUGCCCCAACCCAGCAGGGCUCUGGCCUGGAUGGUGGGCAUGGUCACCACUUUCUCCAUGGCCUACCGCGUCCUCACCACUGCUCUUUUUCUAUAAACAGAUAGCAAAGCUGUUUGCCAGAGGUUGCUUAGUUGAAUGUGACAUACCUUUUGGUCAGUUGUGGCUUGUUGAUCUGUCUUUAGUAAUGCAGUAAUCAGACCAUGCCCUCAACAUGCAACACAGUAACAUGAGGAUGUGAAUUUAUAUGGCAUUAGAUUGGAAGAAGGAGGGGUUUCAGGCAUGUUCCUCUCCAACACUUCAGUUAUAAUUACAUUUUGUUUAACAGUCGUCUGCAAAGCAAUGUGAAAAAUAUGGUAGCUUCAUUUCUAACCUGGUGAGAUUUAGAAUUGUACAAGUUGGUUGAUUUUGAUUUCUUCAAGUAAAUCUCUAAAAGUCAAUGUAUUGUACUUGUGAAUGUCUACCAAAUUGCUUUAAAAAGUUCCAGUUAUGGAUAAAACUGAACUUGCAAAAAAACA